AUGAUUCAUGAUAUUCCAGAGCCAAUCGCAACCCUUACACACCUCUUGCCGAAUGACACCCAUAAAUCCAAACAUCUAGACAUCCACUCCACUGGGAACCUCACCCAGGAAGUUUGCCAGGAGCCUCCACCAUCACGACAUAUCGAAGCCCUGCCGCCUUGGGCAGCUCUGAUCAGCCAACCAUUCGCGAAGCGGCAUCGGUCCAUACUUGCAGCCGGCGAAACGGUGACGCCACAGAAUAUCGAUGCUGUUACUUAUGAAGGGCGUAUCAAUGUGUCAGAAGCAGCGUACUCUUCGGCCACCCCAUGA